CUGCUUACAGCCGCGGGAGGUCCGGACAGAGGCGGCCAUGGGACUCGAGGAGUCUGCACUGAAAGGAUGGCACUCAUGGCGGAAAGGCUACAUAACUAAAAGAGGUUCAGAAAAGAGAAGGGAGCAGCUUGAGUCUCAGCAUCCUUGAAUAAGGAAGGAGAAACUGGGUCGUCCGCAGCAUGAGCUCCAGGUGAUGGAAGACACGUUUCUUAACUGGCUUGCUCUGAGAACUGAUGCCUGAACCACCUCAGCAUGGCCCAUAGAAGACGAGGUGGGCAUGGCCAGCCUCCCUCAGUGACGCCUUCCCGGUUUAGCCCUCGAAGUCUUCCUACCAACAGCACCCGCACCCACAAUAUAUGCAUGGUGUCUGACUUUUUCUACCCAAACAUGGGAGGUGUGGAAAGCCACAUUUACCAGCUCUCUCAGUGCCUCAUUGAGAGGGGGCACAAGGUCAUAAUUAUCACCCAUGCUUACGGAAAUCGAAAGGGUGUCCGUUACCUCACCAAUGGCCUCAAAGUUUAUUACUUGCCUCUCAGAGUCAUGUACAACCAAUCUACAGCCACGACUCUCUUCCACAGUCUGCCAUUGCUCAGGUACAUAUUUGUCCGGGAGAGAGUUACCAUAAUCCAUUCCCACAGUUCUUUUUCUGCCAUGGCCCAUGAUGCUCUCUUCCACGCCAAGACAAUGGGGCUUCAGACAGUCUUCACGGACCAUUCCCUUUUUGGAUUUGCUGAUGUCAGCUCGGUGCUUACAAACAAGCUUCUAACUGUGUCUCUCUGUGACACAAACCACAUCAUUUGUGUCUCUUACACUAGUAAGGAAAACACUGUACUAAGAGCAGCACUGAAUCCUGAAAUAGUGUCCGUCAUUCCUAACGCUGUAGAUCCUACUGACUUCACUCCAGAGCCAUUUAGGAGGCAUGAUAGUCUAAUAACUAUUGUUGUUGUCAGCAGACUUGUUUACAGAAAAGGGACUGAUUUGCUUAGUGGUAUAAUACCUGAACUCUGUCAGAAAUAUCAAGAAUUAAAUUUCCUAAUUGGAGGAGAGGGACCAAAGAGAAUCAUUUUGGAAGAAGUACGGGAGAGAUACCAACUACAUGACAGGGUGCAACUUUUGGGAGCUUUAGAACACAAGGAUGUUAGAAAUGUCUUAGUUCAAGGACAUAUUUUUCUCAACACCUCCCUCACUGAAGCAUUCUGCAUGGCCAUCGUGGAAGCCGCCAGUUGUGGUCUGCAGGUUGUCAGCACGAAGGUUGGUGGGAUUCCUGAAGUCCUUCCAGAAAAUCUUAUUAUUUUAUGUGAGCCUUCAGUGAAAUCGUUGUGCGAAGGCCUGGAAAAAGCUAUUUUCCAAGUGAAGUCGGGGACGUUGCCAGCUCCAGAAAAUAUCCACAAUGUAGUAAAGGCUUUCUACACCUGGCGGAAUGUGGCGGAGAGAACUGAAAAAGUGUACGAGCGUGUGUCGAAGGAAACUGUGUUGCCAAUGCACAAGAGAUUGAACAGGCUCAUCUCUCAUUGUGGCCCAGUGACGGGCUACAUUUUUGCUUUGCUGGCGGUGUUCAGCUAUCUCUUCCUCAUUUUCUUGCAAUGGAUGACUCCAGACUCUAUCAUUGAUGUUGCGGUAGAUGCUACUGGGCCAAGGGGAGCCUGGACUCAUCAAUGUCCACGUGAUAAGAAAAGAGAUGAGAAUAAUAAGGUAUCCAACAGCAGGUAGAAGCAAGCCCAAGUCCACAAGUCCUAGACACUUGCAAUAUUCCUGUUAGCAUUUGAAAAUUACCUUGCUCUUUUGUUUUUGGGUUUCAAACUUGGUUUAGUGAAUUACGCUACCUCUGUAUCAUUCACUAUUUUUGUUUUUUGAAGACAGAUAAACAAUUAUGCAAUUCCUGAGUGUGGAAACUCCUUGCACUUCUUAAAAAUUUUGGGGAGAACGGUUUAGCCACUCAGGUAUGACAUUUUUCAGAAUACUCAGAUCCCUCUCACAGAGAUGUUUUAACAUUAUAUUUUGGGAGCCUUGGGUGCUGAAAGGCCAAAUGUUUCUGGAUCUUUUUUGGCCAGUUUUUAACGUUAUACCAUUAAUUCACAUUUACCAGAUGUUUACAAGCUUUCUUUAGGGAGGUACAACAGUUAAGUAAACUGUUUUAAGUCAAGUUCAUGUAUCCUUCAUUGGACAUUGAAGUCAUGUUCUUAGACCCUUACUAGGUCCACUCAAGGGUUACAGGGAAUCUGAUUUCUUGAGCAAGACCAUCUAUGGUUGCCAGCAUGUUUGUGCAUCUGCUGCAUAUGAAAGUUGAACUAGAUGGUUGCUGAGACUAAGGACUAGUAAACAAGAAGUGGUAAGACCACGAACAUGCCAGACUGCUCAAGCGAAUGAAUGGCAGGAAGAAGUCAUCACUGGCAUACUCCAAGUACCUCUCUGAACCUGUUUUAUGCAUUCUCCCAGAAAGAGCCCUUGUCCUCGUGUGUGUGUGUGUGUGUGUGUGUGUGUGUGUGUGUGUGUGUGUGUGAAGAAAUGUUGCUCUUUAAGUUCUACGGACCGAUACCACUGUUGACGCUAGUGCAGGCCAACCCUCUGCUUUUGUAGUGCCCAGUUUAGUCCCUGUAAACACCUUUGUGGUGUCUGAGCAGAACAGACGAGGUGUGCCAUCUGCAAAGCAGCUGCUAUCCUGUCUUCUGGAUGGAAGUCCCUCCCCAUCACUAUGGCCUAGCUCAUUUCUGAUAAGUAUUGCCAGUGUGUGAGAGGUUUGCCUCCAGGGUGGUUUAUUUAUAGAGUAUCAGGUCUGAAAGAUGUCAGAGCACGCAGUCUCUUUGUGGGUGGAAUGUCUCAGUCGGAGUCCCAGUCAUCCAGAGCCAUGGGUUGUUUGACCCCAAGUUACCUAUGAUAAGUAUUAAUAAGCCUUUGAACUCUUCUGCAUGGGUUUUUGUGGGAAAAGGACUGAAAUAAAAGCAGCAAGGCGCUUGUGGGCAUUCGAUUCUGUCAGUAUUGUGAUUCUGUACAGGAUUUUUUAAGGACGGCAUUUGCAAAACCUUUUAAAGAGUAUCUUCACAUGCCUAUUACCUGGUUGCCACUGAUAUAAAAGAGAUAUAUUAAAAAGCCGGGUGGUGGUGGCGCACGCCUUUAAUCCCACCUAGCACUUGGGAGGCAGAGCCAGGCGGAUCUCUGUGAGUUCGAGGCCAGCCUGGGCUACCAAGUGAGUUCCAGGAAAAGGCACAAAGCUACACAGAGAAACCCUGUCUCGAAAAAAAAAAAAGAGAGAUAUAUUUGUGUUUUGUGUAUAUGAAAAGACAAACGUUAAAGAGUCAUUUUUAAAAUACAGAAGUUAGGCUUUCUUUUAUUGGAGACAAAUGACCUGGUCCAAACUGUUGAGUCUUCCUCAGAUCUUUAUGCAUUGAGACAGAUGUACAGCUAGCAAACAGUGCCAAUAUUCCUGGUAGACUGAGACAUGUUAACACUUGGCUUUAUUUAUUCUACACUACUGUUUCUUCUUGUAUGUUUGUUUGCUUCUAGUUUUUGCCAAAAUUAUCACUGAAUGCUUCAAUUGUUCUUUAUUUAAGAUUAAAAAAAAAAUAGAAUGAAAAAGUAAUUUGCUCUUGUGUGUAAAUGUGUAAUUUAUGAAUUCAAAUUAUUUUCCUUUUUUUGAACAAGUGAAAAUAAACUUAUUUGUGUGACAGAAUUCAUUUUCAGGCUUCCUGGAUACCUUAAUCAUAACGGUCAAUGUUGCACUGGUCAGUGUGUGGAAACACUGUUCCACGCUGCUACUCAUAAUUAUUUAAAAGGGAAAUUAACAUGGAUGAGGCAUUUGUUGAAAAGACACUGUAUUCUUUUGAUGCUGCAGUCACACACAUGAAACCGGUCUGUUAAAACAUGCU